UAAUUAGAGGAAAAGAAACUAUUCGUCAAACAACCGCUUGGCUGCUCACUUAACCGCAUGGGCACUGAUAUAUUUUAUUAAUAUAAAUAACAAUAUUUUAGUUUUUAUUUUAAUUUGUAAGAAAGUUUAAAAAUAAAAUAAUCAUGUACGCUGACGAAGAUCAGUACGAGAGCGAAGACGCUGAGGAGAUUUCAUCAAAAUUAUGGCAGGAGGCCUGCUGGAUCGUCAUAAACGCCUACUUCGACGAGAAAGGUCUCGUCCGUCAGCAGCUGGACAGUUUCGACGAGUUCAUAGAAAUGUCGGUCCAGAGGAUAGUCGAGGAGUCGCCACAAAUCGACCUGCAGGCAGAGGCUCAGCACACAUCUGGUGAGAUCGAGAACCCGACCAGACACUUGCUCAAGUUCGAGCAAAUUUAUUUAUCCAAACCGACACAUUGGGAGAAAGACGGAGCUCCAUCCCCCAUGAUGCCCAACGAAGCGCGUCUGCGAAACCUCACAUACUCGGCGCCUCUGUACGUCGACAUCGCCAAGACCAUCGUCAAAGACCAGGAAGAGGCGAUCGAGACUCAGCAUCAAAAGACAUUCAUCGGUAAAAUUCCAAUCAUGCUGCGUUCAAAGUAUUGCCUGCUAGCAGGUCUAUCCGAUCGUGAUUUGACGGAACUGAACGAGUGUCCGUUAGAUCCUGGCGGUUACUUCAUAAUAAACGGCUCCGAGAAAGUUCUCAUAGCACAGGAAAAAAUGGCGACGAAUACUGUCUACGUCUUUGCUAUGAAAGACGGUAAAUACGCGUACAAAGCUGAGAUACGUUCGUGUCUCGAGCACAGCUCGCGUCCAACAUCGACACUCUGGAUCAACAUGAUGGCGCGAAGUGGCGCGAGUUUAAAAAAGUCAGCAAUCGGCCAGCACAUAAUUGCCAUCCUACCAUAUGUCAAACAAGAAAUCCCCAUAAUGAUCGUCUUCCGUGCCCUAGGUUUCGUCGCGGACCGUGACAUCCUCGAGCACAUAAUUUAUGACUUCGACGACCCGGAGAUGAUGGAAAUGGUCAAGCCCUCACUGGACGAGGCUUUUGUCGUUCAGGAACAGAACGUCGCUUUGAAUUUCAUCGGUACUCGUGGUGCGCGUCCAGGUGUCACGAAAGACAAGCGUAUUAAGUACGCGCGAGAAAUUUUACAGAAGGAAAUGCUGCCUCACGUGGGUAUCAGUGACUUCUGUGAGACAAAGAAAGCUUAUUUUCUCGGCUACAUGGUCCAUCGUUUACUUUCUGCCGCGUUGGGUCGUCGCGAACUUGAUGACCGUGAUCACUACGGCAACAAACGUCUAGAUCUGGCCGGACCACUUCUGGCUUUUCUAUUCCGUGGUUUAUUUAAGAAUCUUAUGAAAGAAGUCCGCAUGUAUGCGCAGAAGUUUAUUGAUCGUGGGAAAGAUUUUAAUUUAGAGCUGGCCAUCAAAACCAAGAUCAUCACUGACGGAUUGAGAUAUUCUCUGGCCACUGGCAACUGGGGUGAUCAAAAGAAGGCUCAUCAAGCCCGUGCUGGUGUCUCUCAGGUACUGAACCGCCUGACCUUCGCCUCCACGUUGUCUCACUUGCGGCGCGUCAACUCACCCAUCGGACGUGACGGUAAGCUGGCGAAGCCACGUCAGUUGCACAAUACCCUCUGGGGAAUGCUUUGUCCUGCAGAAACUCCUGAAGGCGCUGCCGUAGGUCUAGUAAAAAACCUUGCCCUGAUGGCUUACAUCAGUGUCGGCUCCCAGCCCUCGCCGAUUCUCGAGUUCUUGGAGGAAUGGUCGAUGGAAAACCUCGAAGAAAUCGCACCCAGUGCUAUUGCAGAUGCUACUAAAAUAUUCGUAAACGGGUGCUGGGUAGGAAUCCAUCGUGACCCGGAUCAAUUGAUGGCCACUCUGCGUAAAUUGCGUCGUCAGAUGGACAUCAUUGUGUCCGAAGUGUCCAUGAUUCGGGACAUUCGUGAUCGAGAAAUACGAAUUUACACAGACGCUGGUCGGAUCAGUAGGCCGCUGCUGAUUGUCGAGAACCAGCAGUUGCUGCUGAAGAAAAGACAUAUCAACAUGUUAAAGGAACGCGAUUACAACAACGACGGCUGGCAGGAACUGGUCGGAAGUGGAGUCGUAGAGUACAUUGACACUCUCGAGGAAGAGACGGUCAUGAUCGCCAUGUCUCCAGACGAUUUGCGACAGGACAAAGAGUACGCGUACUGUACCACGUACACGCAUUGCGAAAUCCACCCGGCGAUGAUACUGGGAGUCUGCGCCUCGAUCAUUCCAUUCCCUGAUCACAACCAGAGUCCCAGGAACACGUACCAGAGUGCUAUGGGUAAGCAAGCUAUGGGUGUCUACAUCACAAAUUUCCACGUGAGAAUGGACACCCUUGCCCACGUGCUCUACUACCCCCACAAGCCGCUCGUCACUACCCGAUCCAUGGAGUACUUGAGGUUCAGAGAAUUGCCUGCCGGUAUAAACAGCAUUGUCGCCAUUCUUUGCUACACUGGUUACAACCAAGAGGACAGUGUCAUCUUGAAUGCCAGCGCAGUCGAGCGCGGGUUCUUCCGCUCUGUUUUCUACCGGUCGUACAAAGACGCCGAGAGCAAGAGAAUCGGAGACCAGGAGGAACAGUUUGAGAAACCAACGAGACAAACUUGCCAGGGAAUGCGUCACGCGAUUUACGAUAAGCUGGACGAUGACGGCAUCAUCGCACCAGGAAUUCGUGUUUCCGGUGACGAUGUUGUCAUCGGCAAGACCAUUACGUUGCCCGAGACCGACGACGAGCUUGAAGGAACCACUAAAAGAUUUACUAAAAGAGAUGCCUCGACUUUCCUACGUAACAGCGAAACGGGAAUUGUCGACCAGGUGAUGCUGACUCUCAACAGCGAGGGAUACAAAUUCUGUAAGAUAAGAGUGCGGAGUGUGAGGAUACCGCAGAUUGGCGACAAGUUCGCCUCCAGACACGGGCAGAAAGGAACUUGCGGUAUCCAGUACCGGCAGGAGGACAUGCCGUUCUCUUGCGAAGGCUUGACGCCUGAUAUUAUCAUCAACCCUCACGCCAUUCCGUCCCGUAUGACAAUUGGUCACUUGAUCGAGUGCAUCCAGGGGAAGGUUUCCGCUAACAAGGGGGAAAUCGGUGACGCGACUCCAUUCAAUGACGCAGUCAAUGUACAGAAAAUUUCUACCCUCCUCCAGGAGUACGGGUACCAUCUGAGAGGCAACGAGGUCAUGUAUAACGGACACACUGGCAGGAAAAUAAAUGCUCAGGUCUUCUUGGGCCCUACUUACUAUCAGAGGUUGAAGCACAUGGUGGAUGACAAGAUCCACAGUCGAGCGCGUGGUCCAGUACAGAUUUUAGUGAGACAGCCUAUGGAAGGUCGUGCUAGGGACGGAGGACUGCGUUUCGGUGAAAUGGAACGUGAUUGCCAGAUCUCCCACGGAGCAGCGCAAUUUUUACGAGAGCGUCUAUUCGAAGUUUCUGAUCCCUACCGCAUCCACAUCUGCAACUUCUGCGGGUUGAUUGCGAUCGCUAAUUUACGUAACAACACUUUUGAAUGCAAGGGAUGCAAAAAUAAAACCCAAAUAUCCCAGAUACGGCUGCCGUAUGCGGCCAAGUUGCUAUUCCAAGAACUGAUGGCAAUGAAUAUCGCGCCGCGGCUUAUGGUUACAUAAUAAUUUAUAUUUAAAUUUAUUAAUUUUAAUUAAUUAUAUAACUUAAUUGUACGUGUAUUAUUAUAUGAGGUUAAUAUUUCUAUGAGAAAAUAAAAAAUGUAUUAAUUUUUAAAA